GAAGUUGUCCGGGCUCCGGGCCGGGAGAAGUUUGCGGCGCUGGGCGGAGGCAGCGGCGGGCGGCCAGGCUGCUCGCUCCGCUCCGGCCAUGGCCUUCCGCCGGCGGGCCAAGAGCUACCCCCUCUUCAGCCAGGAGUUCCUGAUCCACAACCACGCGGACAUCGGCUUCUGCCUGGUGCUCUGCGUGCUCAUCGCGCUCAUGUUCGAGGCGACCGCCAAGACUGCCUUCCUAUUCAUCUUACCUCAGUAUAACAUUAGCGUGCCUACAGCAGACGGCGAGCUAGUUCACUACCGCUACGGGCUAAAGGACUUGAUCACCAUCCUCUUCUACGUCUUCAUAGCAAUCAUCCUGCAUAUGGUGUUGCAGGACUAUGUCCUCGAUAAAAUCAACAGGCGGCUCCACCUCUCCAAGGUCAAACACAGCAAGUUCAACGAAUCAGGGCAGCUGGUAGCGUUCCAUCUCACCUCCAUGAUCUGGUGCUUGUAUGUAGUGGUGACGGAAGGAUACUUGUCAAACCCGAGAAGCUGGUGGGAAAACUACCCUCAUGUUUUUCUCCCGUUCCAGGUGAAGUUUUUCUACCUUUGCCAGCUGGCCUACUGGCUGCACGCACUGCCCGAGCUGUACUUCCAGAAGGUGCGCAAGGAGGAGAUUCCUCGUCACCUGCGGUACAUCAGCUUCUACCUGAUGCAUAUAGCUGGAGCAUACCUCUUAAACCUAACCCGCCUGGGGCUCAUCCUCUUGCUGCUGCAGUACUUCGCUGAAUUCCUCUUCCACAUGGCCCGUCUCUUCUACUUCACGGAUGAGAACAACGAGAAGCUGUUUAAUGCCUGGGCAGUGGUGUUCGUGGUCACCCGGCUCUUCACCCUCACCCUUUCUGUGCUGGUCAUUGGCUUUGGGCUGGAUCGGGUGGAGAACCAGGAGUUCAACAUAGAGAAAGGAAACUUCAGCACUCUGUCUUCCAGGAUGUUUGUGCUGUCCCUGGUGUGCCUCUUCCAGGCCUGGCUGAUGUGGCACUUCAUCCGGUUCCAGCUGCGGCGCUGGCGGGAGUACCGGAACGAGCAGAGCGCCAGGCAGAGAGCCACCGCCCUCACCAAACAGCAGUCCAAGCCCGUCAAAAGGGAGUCGGGUUACCAUGAAAACGGAGUGGUGAAAGCCGAGAACGGAACCUCCCCACGCACCAAGAAGCUCAAGUCUCCGUAGAGCUGAAGGCUCCUCUGCCGGGGAGGAGGGCGAGAGACCAGGACUAAGCCCCAGCCCCGCCCUCGGCCUCCCAGGUGCUGAAUGGCUUGGAAACGUCUCAUCUUCCCAAGAUCUCUCCCCCUUCCCCCCUCCCCAAACCAUUUGCAAUAAAACCAAAAAAAACCUUGCUCCGUUACAUGGCCUGCAGGAGCCAGACCCAACCCUCCCAUCCUCUCCUUCCUCUCAGUUUUAUCGUCAAUCAGCGUGCAAUUCCCCUCCUCCCGCCCCCUUCUUGAGUGUUUUUUCUUCCUGUUGUGUUUUUGUUACAACUGCGCCAUGGGAUGGUUCUAAGCAAACAAUUCCUCUUCUAAAGCAGGUUCUUCCCCUGCCCCUCUGGGCAUUGCCCUGCGUCCUGGCCUUGGAGGGGCAGGCAGCUGCUUUAAGGUGCCCUGUGAUCAUGAGGGUAGAGGUUUGGGGAGCUGGGGGAGCCAUGCCCUGUGUGCAGAGCGCCUCUCUGUAGCAGGGUGGCGGCCAUGGGUGGUGGUGCUGCUGCUGGAGUUCUUGGGUGAACUGCAGGGCAGCCUUGCAUCCAGCACGCCCAGCGGGAUUGCAGAGGCGGGCUAGGUCUGGAUUGGGCUUGUUGCAUCAGGGCACAGGGAGGUGACCUCAGACAUGCUUUGCAUUGUGCUGGAGCUCCGGCAAGUGGCAUCCCUAGCAGUCUGCGGCCAGUGUUGCCCACCUCUCUCCCUCCCCUGGGUGCGGUGACUGGGCUCUGCCUCUGCCCUGCAAUUCCUAGUGCCUUACUUGGGAUGAUGUCACCCAGGGCCUAACUCAGCCCAAACUCAGUUGAGGAUUUGUAAGCCCUGAGCCACACACCAGCAGGUCAGCCCUGGUCCCACCCCUCGCUGCUCCUUCAGGAUGUGCCGCUUUACCUCACCCAGGGGCUGGCUUAAAUCUGUGGUGCUGUGUUCGCGUAGUACUCGUGCUGCGUGCAGGAGAGCAGAUUCCCUGCCACUCAGAGUUUAUCUGCCUUUCACCUCAUACUUCCCCGCUGCCCCUGCUAUCCCAGGCCAGAUGUGCCCUCUCUGCUUUGGCUGCAGCUGCCAGCUUGUCUUUCCGCUUCACAUGCCUCAUAUCUCCUGAGGGGAUUGGUCCUGGGCUGGGUGGGAAUAGCAGAGAGCAGCCUGUGGAAGUGGGAGUGCCUCUCGCCCGAUCCAUGCCACCCUCCCCUCCCCAGCUGGUGGGUGGAAUCAUCUCAAAUCUACCUCAGAGGCCCCCUCUUUCAUACGACCACUCUCCCUUGACCCCUCGUUGGCUGCGUAUGUUGGGAGGAGAUGUGCGGGAAUUGUUCGAGCACCCACUGAUUCUGUGCACUGCCCUGGUCCCAAUGGAUGGAGCCGUCCCACUUUCAGGGUUCUUCCAGUGCCAUGUGCUGGUCAAGACUGGCCAGGUUGCCCUGCAGCGGAGGGUAUUUCUCUCUGAGGAAGGUCCCCGGAAGCCAGACUUUGCAGUGGGCAUGUUUCAGUGCAAUAAGGUGACUUGGCGCUUCCCUUCUGCUUCGCUGGGGUGGGAGCUUCCCUCUCGGCAAUGCUGGCUUGGCUGCCCUUUCUGCUGCUGCCCGGAUGGGUAGCAUUUCCCUUUGGCUGCUCCAGACGGGGCAGAGAGAGAGGCAGGCAGGGGGUAGCAGGGGUGAAGGGUCAUGGAAUCACUUCUCAUGCAGAUUGGGAUCAGGGUUCUUCCUUCCUAGCUGGGGUGAGUGACAUGGGCCAGAAUAAACCAAACACGAUGUUCCUGGCUUGUUUCAUGCUCCUCCCCAUGGCCUUCCUUGCUGGAGGCGAUUGUAACUCACGCUCUCCGGCUGUGCUGCUUUCACAGAUUUUGAGUCCUCUCCACACCUGUUCUCUCUCCAGCACGGGCAGGGGCUGCCAGUGGGGGAGAAAGAAUACCUGGGAGCCUGAAUGCAGCUGGUCAGAUUCCAUUCCUUCCCCCAUCCCCCAGGAGCUUUGAAUGUCAAAGGAGGGCCACUAGCUGGGAUCUUCCUCCCGCUCCCCCAGUAUCUUGGAGCAGAGCACCUGGGAACACUUUGUGACUGUCCCUCCUUAGCCCUGGCUGGACAGAUACUAGCAAAGCCAGCACUUGGCCAGAGGGAGCUCUAUUGGAGGAGCAGAGGAACCAGGCGGGAAAGGAAUGUUACACCAGCGGGAGAGCGAACUGGGACACAUGCUGUUGGCCCCUGGGCCUAGCACAGUUCACCCUUCCCUCCCUCUCCCCUUUCUUGUCCGCUCCCAGCCCUGCAGGGAGUAACUGUUCCCCCGAUCUCUCCAGAGCUGGCACUGGCCUUGCUCCUCUGACGUCAGCUGAGAAGCUGAGCCACCUGGUUAAAAGGUGGCUUGUUGUCAGAUCCAAAUAAACCAGGCUGCUGAAUGAUUCCUUCCCCCCAGCCUGCCCUGCUCCAGGCAGCCUUUCCUCUGGCACAAGCCUGCGAGGCCGUAAAGUAGCUCAUUGUUCUCUAUAUACCAAGUGCCUUACAUUGCGGUAUAGUCUGUACGCUCUUGCCUAUGCGCUGCCUCAAGUGCUCUGUGCCCCCAGGCUCUGUGUAUACGUCUGAUGUGUGUUCCGUAUUUAGUCACUGGGGAAAGGGACAGUUCACGCUGGAAGUAGCCCCUCGUUUUCUAUGCCUUUUCGAUUUGUAGAAGGCUUCCUUCCUCGGUGGCUAAAAUCCCCUUCCCAUUUUCUGCCUAGAUGGGUCGGCCCCUGCAGCGAUGCCCACUGGCUGCCAUUUCGGAGGCAUCGCUGGGGUCAUUUGUGGCCGGAGGGGCUCCCAUCCCAUCCCUCCCAACACAGAAACUCUUGCUCCUCUCUGCUCCAGUGCACAUACCGUCCCUGGCUCUGCAGUCACUGGUGCAGCUCUCCUUGCAUUUCCUAGCAAACCAAAACUUCCCCUCUAUCCUGGAGAACCUCGUCCUCGUAGAGAUGGAUUCUUUUAUUUUCCAGUCUCUAGUGUUAACUCUUUCGUUGACCAAUCCACGUACAAAGGUGCAGAGAGCCAGGGGAAGGGGAGACCCACUUCUCGAAUGGGUUCUCUUCUUGGGCCCCAUCCCACAAAGUGCUGCGUGUCUUCUGCAACAGUUUGAGUGCCCCCAUCUGCUAGAAGGCUGAGGGUACUCAGGAUCAUGCAGAAUUGGGACCUGGGUCCCGGAUUCAGUGUUAUAGCACCGCUACUCCACUCCCUCCUGGGUUGUGCAAUAACCCGCCUGGAUUGUGGUCACUCCUGCAGUGCUUGCAUCCGUCACCAAACCCUGGGAGGGGAGGAUCCCUGAGAUGAGGUCAAAUUGUGAUAAUUGCAUGGAGCACAGAACGCCUCCUCACCCGGGCUUUGGCAAAGUCUCUUAAGAACCAGCAGUUCUUCUCCCUCUCCUUGUCCCAGAUGGAUCUUAGAGGGGUGGAUGUUGGGGAGAAUGUAGCAUUUUGCAGAUCAAUAUCUUUUUUUAAAAAAGUUUGUUGAAUGAAUUUUCCUUGCUCAACGGGGCAUUAAAGUUUGUAUUUUUGUAGGAUGACGUUUCCCUGCCUAUCAUGCACAGAUGUAGCGAAUAAGGGAUGGGGUUCUCCCUGGUUUUUCUAUUAAGUGGAGAAUGGUCUCUUUUCAGAACUAGUCAUGAAAUCUGUAGAUGGGUGGGCUUCAUUCCAGUGGAUUGGAGUUACAGCAACAUCUGACUAUGGAGUCCAGUAGUUGGAAGCUGCUGCUACAGCUGACUUUUCUCUACAGUCGAGGGCGUCUACAGCUAUAGCAGCUCCUUUUUGUGACCUUUGAGUGCGUAACAGAUGGCUCGAGUUGGCAGUCUUUAUAUUGACGCUAUAAACUGGGUCACUCGUCUCCCUAUGUCAUGUGAACUUCUUGCCAGAGGGAGGGAUAGACACAAGAUGCAACGUUUGGGUGGGUGCUUGUAUCUCUUUUUAACCUGUUUAAUUCUGCGGACCAAACUUCAACAAAGAAACUCAAGGAAAAUUCUGUUCUUCCAUAUUUAUGCUUUAGUGCAAACGUUCUCUUCCUUUGUUGUGUAUUUUAAUUUGUUUUGGUUUGAGGGGGGGUUGGUUUUUUUGGAUAACCGUUUCAACUCUCCUCCUCCCCCUCCCCCACCACCACAUGUUUUUAGUCUUCCCCUGUCAUUUAAAAAAUAAAAACCAAUUUUGUACGGAAUUUUUUUUGUUUUGUUUUGUUAAAUGGCUUUUGUGAGCAAACUCUCAACAAAGAUAUUUUCUGAAAUAAUAAAAGGCAUAGAAUCAUCAACUGGUGCUUAA